GGUCCGCACCUUUUCCGGUAACACAGCAGCACCGUCCGCCACCGCUGUGACUGAACGGCUGGAGAGAGAGAGAGAUAGAUAGAGAGAGACAGAGAGAGAGAGAGAGAGAGAGGGAGUGAGAGAGGGAGGAAGAGAGACAGAGAGCGGCAAGAGCGGGGAGAAACGGCCCGGGGACCGGGGGAUGAUUGCCGCAGACGUAGGGGGAAGAGAAGAAAGUCGGAUGAAUCAAUGACCUUUUGAGCGCUCUUCCUCUGGAUGUCCCGGUGCAGAAACGGACCGGAGAUUAUCGCUGCAUUUGGGUGUGUGCGUGUUUUUUUCUUUUUUUUCUUCAAAUAAGAAAGAACAGUCUGGUUUGAAAUCCAUCGACAGGAAUUGGUUAAGGGCAAGUGUGGACAGCCGGCAGCCAAGGAGGAAGUGGGAACCCCGGGCUUGGACAGGGCCUGAUUUAUGUAGAAGGCUUUUUUUUGUGAGGAGGAAAAAAGAAAAGAAACUACUACUCUAUCAAAUCCAGUUUAACUGAGAUCAGCUGGAUUUUUGGUGGAGAAAAGGCUGACUUGAAAUGUGGAUUCUGGAGGAAGUGUGUGCUCAUCGGCUAGUUUGAAACAAGGGGGAUGUAAUUUUUUCUCCUUACAUCGGAGGGCAGUGGAUCAUGAAAAUAUAUCCCCACCCAAUUCUACAAGGGCUACACACACACUGCUCCCUUUGAAUGCUCAAAGUCGCCCGCUCAGGUCAGAUCAUCAUUGUCAUAGCUUAUUAUCUGCUAUCAAAACUGUACAAACUUGAAAGUCACUGCCUUUUGAAUAUUGACACUUGUGUCAGCCCACCGCUGCCAUCACGUGGAGCCCACCCCCAGCACACAUUACUGUAAGUUGUACUGAAAACAAACUUUUCCUUUUUUUUCUCUCUCUCUCUAUCAUUAGAGGAGCUUUAAUUUCCUUCUAUUGAAGUAUUUAUGCACAAAAAACAAGAUGGGGAAAAUGCUGUCAAAGAUCUUUGGCAACAAGGAGAUGAGAAUAUUGAUGCUUGGACUUGAUGCUGCUGGUAAAACGACCAUCCUGUACAAGUUGAAGCUCGGACAGUCUGUCACCACCAUCCCCACAGUUGGGUUCAACGUGGAGACUGUCACCUAUAAGAAUGUGAAGUUCAACGUGUGGGACGUAGGGGGACAGGACAAGAUCAGACCUCUUUGGAGACAUUACUACACGGGCACCCAGGGCCUGAUUUUCGUGGUGGACUGCGCCGACAGAGACAGGAUCGAUGAGGCUAGGCAGGAACUCCACCGAAUCAUCAACGACCGUGAGAUGAGGGACGCCAUCAUCCUGAUCUUCGCCAACAAACAGGACCUCCCAGAUGCCAUGAAGCCCCACGAGAUCCAGGAGAAGCUAGGCCUGACCCGGAUCAGGGAUAGGAAUUGGUACGUUCAGCCCUCGUGUGCGACAACAGGGGAUGGACUAUACGAGGGCCUGACCUGGCUUACCUCAAAUUACAAAUCUUAAUGUUCCCUGUCCCCCCUCACCCCUCACCAGCCUGGACACUUUGGAGGCUACAGGCGCAAAAAAGUAGCUGAGAAUGAAAACACAAGGAUGAUUUAAAUAAAAAUAAAAAAAAGCAAUCUGAAGCAAUUAAUAACACGACCUCUCUGCUCAGUAUAUGUAUCAAAGAGAGUAGCAAUUAUAUUUUUGUUUUGUUCCUUUUUUGAUAAUUGUGAUUUCACUUAUAACCCCAGAUUUCAUUUAAACAGCAGACUGUUGUUUUUGGCUGGUUUUUCUCUUUCUUUUUUUUUUUUUUUUUUUAGUAGUUUGCUUUGGUUCUGUAGUAUUUCACUCACAUUCUGUAUAAUCAGUACUGUUUAAGUAUACAAUUCUUUGAGCUCUUACUACGACUUCUUUUUCAUUUCCUACUUUUUUUUCGUAUCAUUUCUUUUUAAGGGGACUUUGGGACAUGCAUUUUUCUGCCCCCCAGCUUAGCUCUCAUUCAGUAUUCUCAUGACCCAGCUACAUAUCCAAAGGAUGGGAGAAAUCCCAGUCCCCUUUUUUUGAGAGGACGUAACCUGUUCAUAUGGAUUCCUAGAAACCAUUGCCUGCAUCAGCAUAUCACCGUCAUGGCUCAAACUGCCUAUAAUUUGUAAGAAUGUGUAUUUCAGAUAUGUUAGGACCUCAAAGAAAAGAAAAAAAAAAGAAAGAAAGAAAAGAAACUGUUUUCAUAAUUGAUUGUACAAUUACUGGGAUGAUUGAGGAAAUGUGUUCGUACUUAUUUCCUGUGCAGUGAUUACAUCCAUAAUGUCUACUGUGUUGGUUUGUUUGGAAAGACACUAUGUGGACGCUGGAUAUUCACACACUGUGAUAUGGAUAUAUAUUUUUGUUGUUUCAGGGUCUCAAUCUGUUACCACCAGUCUUAUAAUUAUUAUUAUUAUUAUUAUAAUUAUUGCCUCUUUUUGUUUUUCUCCCAGAGCUUCCAUUACUGUUGAGUAUUUGUAGUUACAGCUGCCUUAGCAGGGCUUACAGGUGCCCUAAAAUCAAGACAGUUACUACGGCAGAAGGUAUUCUCAAUCGCUGAGUUUGCACUUUGGGGUUGGGGUGGGGAUUACCAAUUAGCUGGCUGUGCACAUUUGAUUUUCUGUGACUGACUUUUGGACCCCAGCAAGUGUUUACGGGAUUCCCAACCCCCCUGUAGGUGCUUCAGUGACUGCAACCCUCCUCUUCUUCUUCUUCUUCUUCUUCUUCUUUUUAUUCAUCAUCAUUCUGCCUGUACACACUUAAGGUCCUGCAGACCAAAAAACGACUUUUUGUUAAUAGAUCAUAGAUACUGCUCUGUUUUAUUUUUGUUUUUCCCUUUUUUUGCUAUGCUGAUUGAAAUAAUAAAAAGAUAUAUCCAGAUCA